AUGCAACAGGGCGUCUUUACGUACCUAUUGGAGAAUCUAGGGGUCAAAGGCGUGCAGUUCGAAGAGCUGCUGUCGCUGGACGCGCAGGCGCUGGCGGAACUGCACCCGGUCUACGGCAUCAUCUUCCUGUUCAAGUUCCCGACGAACACGCCGUAUGUGAGCGAUGGCGGGGGACCACGCGACGGCCAAUUCGACUACGAGAUCGGCUCGGACGGCCGGCUGUUCUUUGCACAGCAGACGAUCCAGAACGCGUGCGGCACGCAAGCGCUGCUAUCGGUGCUGCUGAACAAAGCGAGCGAGGAGGAUGGGCUGGACCUGGGGCCACACCUGCGGGCAUUCCGAGAGUUUGCCAUGGCGCUGCCGCCAGAUCUGCGCGGCGAGGCGCUGAGCAACGACGAGCCGAUCCGCGACGUGCACAACUCAUUUGCCAAGAGCAGUCCGUUUGUCGACGAGACGCAACGGCCGACAUCGGCUGACGAUGCCGACGACGUCUACCAUUUUAUUGCCUACACGGCCGUGGAUGGCCGUCUGUACGAGCUGGAUGGCCUGCAGCCGGCGCCGAUUGAUCAUGGGCCAUGUGGUUCCGGUUCCGGCUCUUCUCUCCCCUUUGCCGAAGCUGCCAUCGCUGCCGUUCAGCGCCGUAUCGCUCGCUACGGCGCCGAUGAAAUUCACUUCAAUCUGCUCGCCGCUGUGCGCGACCGCCGGCUGCAAGCCCGCGCUUUCGGCGACGCCGACCUGCUCGCGGCCGAGACCCGCAAGCGCCGCGCGUGGCAGUUCGAAAACACCCUGCGCCGCCACAAUUUUGUCGGCUUCGCCCACGAGGUGCUCGAGGGCGUCGUCGAGGCCAAGCUGCGCCAGGACGACCCGGCCGCCUACGACCGCUGGGUGGCCGAGGCUACCGCCCGCAUUCAGCGACGCGUCCAGGAAAAACAGCGGCGAGGCGUCCCGCUCGGCCAGGACGUGCACGUCGAGGAGUAG